UCUCACCUCUCGAAUGUCUGUUCGUCCCAGAAACGAUACCAUCUACCCAACGGGCGACGAAGAAAUGAUGAAAGAAAAGAUGCAGCAGACCCACGUUCUUCAACAAGCAACCUAAUAGUACAACUGGGGGUCUUUGCUUUUGGACAUAGAAACAUUUAUAUAGGCAGGCUAUCACAACUGUUGGUACAUGGGUUUUACCUCUUUUGCAUUUUUAACGACAAACAAU